AUGAGUUCGUCAUUGGCUGGGAGCUGUGGCAGAGUGACAAUGCUGUCCGGAGAAGGGGCUCUGGGAGUGGCUGUGGCGUGAGGAGCCCAGGGUGAGGACUCGCCUGGGGUGUCCUGCUGGUGUGCGCAUCCCGGGUGGCGCCAUGCUUCAGCAGAUUCUGCAUGACAUGUACAUCGACCCUGAGCUCCUCGCUGAGCUCAGCGAUGUGCAGAAGCACAUCCUCUUCUACAAAAUGCGCGAGGAGCAGCUGAGACGCUGGAGGGAGCGUGAGGCUUGGGAGGCCCUGGCCCAGGUCGAGGGCCUCAGGCCCCCCAAGGUCAAGCGAGCGAGUGACAAGCACAUCCAGUGGCUGCUGGGGGCAGAUGGCGAGGUCUGGGUCUGGAUCAUGGGAGAAGGUCCCGGCGACAAGCCCUAUGAAGAGAUCUCUGAGGAGCUGAUUGCAGAGAGAGCGCGGCUGCAGGCGCAGCGGGAAGCUGAGGAACUCUGGAGACAGAAGGAGGCAGAGAUCACCAAAAAGUUCCGGGAUGCUCUGGCCAAUGAGAAAGCCCGGAUCCUGGCAGAGAAGUGGAAGGUGGAGAUGGAGGACCGCAAAGCUGCCAAAGUCCUGGAGGAGCGCAUCCAUGAGGAAUUCAAGAGGAAAGAGGAAGAGGAGAGGAAGCGAGGAGAAGAGCAGAUUCGCCUCCAGGAAGAGCAGAGGGCGAAGGAACUCUACUGGACCCUGAAGCAGGCCCAGCUGCAAAGCCACCCCAGCGAGAAGGAGGAACGUGAGUGGGAAGAACAGUUGCGCCGAUCCAAGGCGGCUGACGAGGAGAGGAGCCGCCGAGCCCAGCGCGCCCGGGCCGAGUACCAGCGUCACUCGCUCCGCGCGAUCCAGAAGGGCACCGUUGCCGGACUCAGCUCCAGGUUCCGAGAGCUCGGCCAGAGCCACGAGCAGGAGGCGAGACUCGACCACCGCCUCCCAGGCCCGGGGCCGCUCUCACCCCUGGCCGUGCCUGGCAAGACCUGGGAGCGGCCCCUGCGCCCCGUCUCCAGAGAAGUCAUAGUCCGCUGGUUCAAGGAGGAGCAGCUGCCUCGCCGAGCGGGCUUCGAGAGGAACACCAAAGCCAUCGCCCCCUGGUUCCACGGAAUUAUCAGCCGAGAAGAUGCCGAAGAUCUCCUUGAGAGUAUGACCGAGGGUGCAUUUCUGGUCCGGGUCAGUGAGAAAAUCUGGGGUUAUACCCUCUCCUACCGCCUGCAGAAGGGGUUCAAGCAUUUUCUUGUGGAUGCCUCUGGGGAUUUUUACAGCUUCCUGGGAGUGGACCCCAAUCGCCAUGCGACACUCACGGAUCUCAUUGAUUUCCACAAGGAGGAAAUUAUCACUGUUUCAGGGGGAGAGUUGCUGCAGGAACCCUGUGGACAGAGGGACAGCCCACCAGACUACCAUCUGUUGUUUGAAUGAUUUUUUUCCCCCUUCUCAAUUGAACUUCAUUGGGCACCCUAUUUUUGAACUCAAGAACUUCCCAGCUCAAAUCCUU